UGGUGUUUUGAUUGGUUUCUUGUAGCUGAGAAGUCUUUUUGUUAGUUUUUUUAAGGUCUCUCAGUGGUAUUCUGCGAGAGAAACCCUUCGUUGAUUUUGAGGGUCGUAGCAUAGCCUUAGAUCCGCCAUUGCUAGGGUUUUAUAGGGUGACUGCUCGGCUUCGUCUUGCUUGUGUAUCGGGGGUUAAUUUAUUUGUGGUGCUUAAAGUUGAAGGAUUUGUGGUUAUGGAGAAGGAAAAGUCUCCAGUCCAUGGAGGUGGUUCUGCUGGUGGUGGUUUACCCCCUCCCUUGCCCCGGUAUGCUGCUCUUGCCUCACUAUCCAACAGUUUUCCUCUUAAAGGGGAGGCCUCAUCUUCUUCUUCAAUUCCUGGUAGGACUCCAGAUUCUGGUCAUUUUGGUCAGAGGGUGGUGCCGGAUAUUGGGCAGUUCAGUCAUGAUAUAAGCCGAAUGCCGGAGCACCCACCGAGAAAUGUUGGUCACCGGAGGGCUCAAUCUGAGAUUUUGAGCCUCCCUGAUGAUAUUAGCUUCGACAAUGACCUUGGGGUUGUAGGGGCUGGUGAAGGCCCGUCGCUGUCUGAUGAGACUGAGGAAGACCUUCUCUCUAUGUACCUUGAUAUGGACAAGUUGACCUCAUCAUCUGCGACAUCUGAGUUGGAUUUGCGGGGGAGUGAGAAAUCAGCGACCGCCGCAGUGCCUGCUCCUAGUUUUCCUCUGCAGACUGAAAAUUCGGCUUCAGCUUCUCAUGAGAAACCAAGGGUGAGGCACCAACAUAGCCAAUCUAUGGAUGGGUCUACUUCAAUCGAGCCGGAGAUUCUGGCAUCGGGCUCAGAAGGACCAUCUUUGGCAGAAACAAAGAAAGUCAUGUCAGCUGCAGAACUUGCUGAUCUUGCCCUUGUUGAUCCAAAGCGAGCAAAAAGGAUCUGGGCGAAUAGGCAGUCGGCUGCUAGGUCAAAGGAAAGAAAGAUGCGUUACAUUGCAGAGCUUGAGCGAAAAGUGCAAACCCUGCAGACAGAAGCUACAACAUUAUCAACCCAGUUGACCAUGUUACAGAGAGACACUAAUGGAUUGACUGCUGAAAAUAAUGAGUUGAAGCUGCGUCUUCAGACCAUGGAGCAGCAAGUUCACCUGCAAGAUGCACUAAAUGAUGCUCUCAGAGAGGAGGUUCAGCGGUUGAAAAUUGCAACAGGACAAGCAAUUCCUAAUGGCGGACAGAUUAUGAACUUUGGACCAUCUUUUGGAACCACUCAGCAAUAUUAUCACCAGAGUCAUGCGAUGCAGUCACUUCUGGCUGCCCGGCAGCUUCAGCAACUCCAAAUCCACUCCCAGCAUCAACAACAGAUGCACCCACAACAGCACCAGCCUCAAGUACAACAGCAGCAGCAGCAAUCACCUGCUGAGCUGAAAAUGAAAGGAGUGAUGACUUCUCAAAGGGAGAGCACUUCAGAUAACAUCACUUCCCAGGAAUAAAUGAUCAGCCGGAAUAUGGGAUCAACAUAUGUUUAUAUUAUAUUUCAAAUAUUAGCUUGCUUAUUAUGUAUUAGACAUGUUAUGAACCGCAUUGUACAAUUUAUUAUAUCCAGUAGUUAGGUUAGUUGGACUCGCAUAUUCCAGUACCUGUUGCAGUUGGUUUUCUCAGAAGCGCUUGGAUGAUGAUCUUUCAACAACCAAUUUGCUUGCUCUUCCAAUAUGCUGUUCAGCUUGAUAAUGCCAUCCUGGUAAAAUGUGGUACUGUUAAUACCACCACUUGAGUUCAUUGAUUAUUACAAUGUGAAUGCUUGGAUCCACAACGUAUAGAA